GUGUCUGCAACUACAGACGAUCUACCUGGUCCAUCUACAUCCUCUACAGAGCUCACACCCCCAGCUUGUGUGCCCACUGUCCCCUCUGUGUCUGCAACUACAGAUGAUCUACCUGCAACCUCCACCACAACGUCCACUUCUCACCACGGAUCAUCAUCAGCUCCACCAGUGGACCCAGCUGAGUGGCCUUCUUUUCUGUCAGAUUCAGACCGGACUGAGCAGGUGAUCAUGGGGCCACUGCCUAUUAAGGAGAGCUUUUCAUUCCCUAAAAGAUAUGAUGGCCGAAGUUUCCAUUAUCAUUAUACCAACAGACAAUUAGUUAAUGGGGAAAAAGUGAAGCGUAGCUGGCUGACUUAUUCAAGAAGUAAAGAUGCAGUCUACUGCUUUUGCUGCAAACUAUUUUCUAAGAAGUCCAUAAAAUUGGCAACUGAUGGACAGCAGGAUUGGGUAAACAUAGGCGCACUCCUCAAACAGCAUGAAAAGUCUGAAGAUCAUUGUAGUAAUAUGGUCAAAUGGAAGGAGUUUAGCUUGCGUCUUUCCAAGGGAAAAACCAUUGAUGAAACAGAAAUGGGCCUCCUCGAGGCAGAAAAAAAUCGCUGGAGAGAUGUUCUCACACGCUUAAUCAGUAUUAUCCAGUCACUGGCAGAAAGAAACCUGGCUCUGAGGGGAUCUUCUGACACUUUACACAAAGACGACAAUGGGAACUUUCUGAAAGAAGUUGAACUGUUAGCUAAAUUUGAUCCUGUAUUGAGAGAUCACGUGAGGCGCAUUGAAAGUGGAGCAGAGCACAUCACAUACCUAGGUAAAACGAUUCAAAAUGAGUUGAUAGCCUGUAUAAGUGAUAAAAUACUUGGCACAAUGGUGUCAGAAAUUAAAGACUCAAAUUACUUUGCCAUCAUACUGGAUUGCACUCCAGAUAUGAGCCAUCAAGAACAGAUGUCUGUUGUUGUGCACUUAGUGAGUCUCACAAAAACACCAGAUAUCAAGGAGCACUUCUUGGGGUUUGUUAUAGCUCUGGAAUCUACUGGUCAAGGCUUGUCUGCACUAAUUUUACAAAAACUGGAAGAGCUGAACAUCCCCUUUGAGGAUUGUAGGGGACAAUCUUAUGACAACGGCGCCAAUAUGAAAGGCGCAAAUAAAGGCGUGCAGGCAAGGCUUUUAAGAAAAAAUCCACGUGCUUUUUAUGUGCCUUGUGGAGCACAUAGCCUGAAUCUAGUUGUCUCCGAUGCUGCUAAAGUGUCCAUGGAUGCUACAUGUUUUUUUGGAAAUGUGGAGAAAAUCUACAAACUUUUCUCAGGUUCCCCUCAAAGGUGGACCAUCUUGAAGAAACAUGUGAACAUCACACUCAAGUCUUGGAGUGAUACACGGUGGGAAAGUCGGGUGAACAGCAUAAAGCCAUUACGCUACCAAGCAGACAAGGUGAGAGAAGCUUUGCUAGAGGUCAGGGAGAAUGCUACUGAGCCCACAAUAAAGGUUGAGACACACUCACUUGCCGAAGAAAUUGCAUCCUUCAGAUUUCAAAUUUGCUGUGUGGUUUGGUACGACAUUCUCUCCCAGAUUAACACAACAAGCAAGCUACUCCAGUCGGUCAACAUGCAGCUAGAGGUUGCUGUAGGUAUCAUUAAAAAAAAUAAAGCAAAUUUAAUCCGUUACAGAGCAACUGGUUUUAAAGAUGCACAGACCUCAGCAAGAGAGAAAUGUGAGGAAAUGAACACUGAAGCUGUGCUGAAACAGAAGAGACUGCGAACUACAAAAAGGCACUUUGCCUAUGAGUCGCCUGAUGAGCCUGAAACUGAUCCAAUGAAGAGGCUGGAAGUCUCUUUUUUUAAUGCUGUGGUAGACUGUACCAUCCAGUCUUUGGAGGACCGCUUUCAGUCCCUAGGUGAGGUCAGGAGCAUUUUUGGAGUGCUUUCUAACUUUGGGCAGCUUGAUGCACAGACAAGGAAGAACCAGUGUCAGCUUCUCAGCGACAAACUAACUUUCGGAGAACAGUCAGAUAUUGAUGGGAGUGCACUGGCUACAGAGCUGGAGAACCUUCCAGAACUUCCUGAAGCGCAGAUGACCCCAUUUGAACUGCUGACUUACCUCUCUCAAAACGAGAUCUGUGAGUUGUACCCAAAUCUUUGGGUAGCUCUGAGGAUAGCCUGCACUCUCCCUGUGACGGUUGCAUCUGCGGAGAGGAGCUUUUCCAAGCUCAAAUUGAUAAAGAAUUACUUGAGAUCUUCCAUGGCACAAGAAAGGCUUAGUGGACUGGCAGUGAUAAGUAUCAACAGCAAAGUUAGCCAUCAGAUUUCUUAUUCAGAUGUCAUAAAUUACUUUGCCUCUAGAAAAGCCAGGAAGCAUAGGUUUUAAGACUGGGUGAAAUAAACCAUUUGUGUUACUUUGUUUUAGGUACAGUACAGUAGCUCUGUUCAUUUAUAUCAUUAAAUAUUUGUGUGGUAUUUAUUCAUUAUUUUAUUUUAUUCUUUAUGUCUUUGUACAAUUGAAUUUAUAAUUAUUUUUGUGAGCUAAUAAAGUUGAAAUUUGGAAGUGUUAUUUGUUUUUAUUGAUCUUGCAUUACAAUUUAUUGUUCCACAUUGCCGUUGCACUUUUUUAAAACCAAAUUAAACAUGACACAUUUACAGUAAGAACAUUGUCUACCUGUUUAUUUACUUAGGGGGCCCCCAAAUACAAUUUCGCUUAGGGCCCCAUGGAGGCUUGGGCCGGCCCUGCUGCCUAGGUUCAAAUCCCAGUCCUGGCAGUUGUCGUGCAUCUCACUCAGUUUUUCACCCUCCCUUUCG